AUGAGGGCGACGUGGUUCAAGAAGAUGGCCCUCCUCUUGGGGGGGAUCGGGAUUGUUGCGUAUCUCGGCCACACCCUCAACUCUGGGAUAGAGAGUGGAGGAGCCAGUGUCAAAGAGCUGGACACACCGCAACUGCUGAAAACUUUCUUUGCUUUAGAGGAAAGCAUCAAUAAUCUCAAUGGUGCUGUUAAAAUAUUUGCAAAAAAACAAGAUGACAUGCAAAAACUGCUGGAAGAAGAGAGAGCAAUGCACAAAAGCCUUGGGAAUAAUCAGCCACCACAAGAGAAGCAAGAAGAACAGCCCAAAGUAGAAGAGAAACAGGAGCUGGAGAUGAAGAAAUCCUCAAAACUCUUCCCAAAUUCACCUCUGUUUAAAGAGUGGGGCGUAAAUCUGUCUGAGGAUGAGCAGAGGGAAGCACAGGCAUUAUUUGAGCUCUAUGGAUACAACGUCUUCCUCAGUGACCAGCUGCCUCUCGAUAGACCUCUCCCAGAGACCAGGGAGAAAGGGUGUUUGAGUAAGACGUACUCAAAAGACCUGCCCACGAUUGGUGUGGUGCUGAUCUACCUAAAUGAAGCUUUAUCCAUCCUGAAGAGGGCCAUCCGCAGCAUUGUGAACCGAACGCCAAAGCAUCUGCUGAAAGAGAUUGUUAUGGUCGAUGACAACAGUGACAAGGAAAACUUAAAGGAGCCACUUGACUCGUACAUAAAGAUGGUUCAAGAAGAAAACCCGUGGCUCACAUUCAUCCGAGUGAGGCACAAUGAGCAGCGUGGCCUUGCGUUCGCCAGAGCGUCUGGAUGGAGGGCGGCUACUGCUGAUGUGGUGGCAAUCCUGGAUGCACACAUUGAAGUGUAUGAGAUGUGGGCUGAGCCGCUGUUAACUCAGAUAAAGAUGGACAGAACUAUCAUCACCUCUCCUGUGUUCGAUCGUGUGAAUUUUGAUGACCUCAGAGUAGUCCAGUACAUCCCGACCGCCCACGCCUUUGACUGGGCCUUGUGGUGCAUGUAUGAGAGCUUCACACCUGAGUAUUAUAAACUCAAGGACAGCUCAUUACCUGGAAAGAGUCCCUCUGUCAUGGGAAUCCUGGUGGCUGACAGAAAGUAUCUUGGGGAAAUUGGGGUACUCGAUGAAGGCAUGACGGUCUACGGUGGAGAAAAUGUUGAGCUUGGAAUUCGUGUCUGGACCUGUGGCGGAAGCAUUGAAGUCGUCCCUUGCUCGAAGAUUGCCCACAUAGAGAGGAACCACAAGCCCUACAUGCCAGAUCUCAGCAUGGCCAUGAAGAGGAACGCCCUGAGAGUGGCUGAAGUUUGGAUGGAUGAAUACAAACACAACAUCAACCUCAUGUGGAACUUGCCGUUUGAGAAUCAUGGCAUAGACAUUGGGGACGUCAGUGAGCGCAAAAAGCUGAGGGAGGAUCUGAAGUGCAAACCAUUUAAGUGGUAUCUGGAAAAUGUCUAUCCUCUACUGGACCCCUUGGACGACCUGGUUGCAUACGGAGGUCUGAAGAACCUCGAUACUGACAUGUGCAUAGACCAAGGACCUGUACCUGGUCACACCCCAAUUGCGUUUAAUUGUUAUUACUAUGCACCCCAGCGUAUUUAUUAUCGCUUAUCUGGUGAGCUCUACGUUGGGGGCCUCAAGUCUCACAAGUACAAUGAGAAUCGCUGCUUAACCGACCAGGGCAACAAGGAGACUGAACCAGGACUCUUCAACUGUAAAGAGGCCAUGCAGAAGAAAAUGAGCAUUUUCUGGGAUUUUUCUCAGGGUAAAGAACUGAAGAACAGAGAAACAAAAAGAUGUUUAGAAAUUCACAAUGCUAAACUUCUAAUACAGGAGUGCACUGGACAAAAGUGGGAAGUGCAAAAUGUCAUCAAAGACUUUUAA